AUGGCACCACCACCGCUCAUGUCGCCCGUCUGGGCGCCCAACAUCUUCGAAGGCAAAGUCGUCCUCUGCACCGGCGGCGCCGGCGACAUCUGCUCCGCGCAAGUCAGCGCGCUCGUCGCCCUCGGCGCCAACGCUACCAUCAUCGGCCGCAACCCCUCAAAGACCCACGCCCGCGCCGCCGAGAUCGCGGCCCUGCGCGAGGGCGCAAAGUGUAUCGGCAUUGUCGUGGACGUGCGCGAUGCUGCGGCGAUGGAGCGGGCGGUGGAGCGUACGGUGGAAGAGUUGGGGGGUGUGGAUUAUGUUAUCUGCGGAGCCGCCGGCAACUUCCUCGCAACCACCACCAACCUCUCGGCCAACGCCUUCAAGGCCGUCAUGGACAUCGACGUGCUCGGCUCCUACAACACCGUCAAGGCCGCGCUGCCGGAGCUGAAGCGCACACGGGGCAAGAUCCUCUUCGUGAGCGCGACACUGCACUACACCGGCCUGCCCUACCAGGCGCAUGUCAGCGCCGCAAAGGCGGCCAUCGAUGCGCUCAGCCAGGUGCUGUGUGUGGAGCUUGGCCCGUGGGGGGUGACUUCGAACUGUAUAGCCCCCGGCCCCAUCGCCAACACGGCCGGCAUGUCACGCCUCAGCCGGCCGGACGCCCUCGCGGCGGCGGCGCGCGCGAUACCGCUGCAGCGCUUCGGCACGGUCAGCGAGAUCGCGGACGCAACGGUGUACCUGCUGAGCCCCGCGGGGGACUUUGUCAGCGGGACGACGCUGGUUGUUGAUGGUGGGGCGUGGCACCGGCAGGGCGCGGCGGGGAGCGGGGUGGAGUAUCCGGAGAGCGUGCUUACUGAGGGCGUGGUGGAGGGGGUGGAGGGGAGGGGGGGGGAGAGGGGGAGUAAGUUGUAG